GGUGUCGCUUAGCAGCGGCCGCAGCUAUUGCUUGCUUAAGACCGGUUGUCCGGACCCAGAGUCCUCGUGGAACGGCGCUAGGGAGUGGACCGGCGCCGCCGCGGGGCCCAUCGUGGUGGCUGCGGUACAUGAGGAACUGUCGCAGAUUUCCAGGCUUCUUCUAGGAGGUGGAGCAAAGUGAAAGAACACAAGAUGCCGCCCAACAUAAACUGGAAAGAAAUAUUCAAAGUUGACCCAGAUGACCUGCCUCGUCAAGAAGAGCUGGCAGAUAAUUUAUUGAUUUCCUUAUCCAAGGUAGAAGCAAGUGAACUAAAAAAUGAAAAUCAAGAAAAUGUAAUACAUCUUUUCAGAAUCACUCAGUCAUUAAUGAAGAUGAAAGCUCAAGAAGUAGAGUUAGCUUUGGAAGAAGUUGAAAAGGCUGGAGAAGAACAAGCAAAAUUCGAAAAUCAAUUAAAAACGAAAGUAAUGAAACUAGAAAAUGAACUAGAGAUGGCUCAGCAGUCUGCAGGUGGUCGGGACACUCGGUUUUUACGUGAUGAAAUUCGCCAACUUGAAAAGCAAUUGGAGCAAAAAGAUAGAGAAUUAGAGGACAUGGAAAAGGAGUUGGAUAAAGAAAAGAAAGUUAAUGAACAAUUGGCUCUUCGAAAUGAGGAGGCAGAAAAUGAAAACAGCAAAUUAAGAAGAGAGAACAAACGUCUAAAGAAAAAGAAUGAACAACUCCGUCAGGAUAUUAUUGAUUACCAGAAACAAAUUGAUUCACAGAAAGAAUCACUUUUAUCAAGAAGAGGAGAAGAUAGUGACUACCGAUCACAGUUGUCUAAAAAGAACUAUGAACUUGUUCAAUAUCUGGAUGAAAUUCAGACCUUAACAGAAGCUAAUGAGAAAAUUGAAGUUCAGAAUCAAGAAAUGAGAAAAAAUCUUGAAGAGUCUGUACAGGAAAUGGAGAAGAUGACUGAUGAAUAUAAUAGGAUGAAAGCUGUUGUACAUCAGACAGAUAAUAUAUUGGACCAGUUGAAAAAAGAAAAUGAUCAUUAUAGACUUCAAGUUCAAGAACUUACAGAUCUUCUGAAAUCAAAAAAUGAAGAAGAUGAUCCAGUCAUGGUAGCUGUCAAUGCAAAAGUAGAAGAAUGGAAGCUAAUUUUAUCUUCUAAAGAUGAUGAAAUUAUUGAAUAUCAGCAAAUGGUACAUAAUCUGAGGGAGAAACUUAAAAAUGCCCAGCUUGAUGCUGAUAAAAGUAACAUUAUGGCUCUAAAACAGGGCAUACAAGAACGAGAUGGUCAAAUUAAGGUGCUCACUGAACAAGUAGAACAAUAUACAAAAGAAAUGGAAAAAAAUACUUUCAUUAUUGAAGAUUUGAAAAAUGAGCUUCAGAGAAACAAAGGUGCUUCAGCUCUUUGUCAACAGACUCAUUAUAUGAAAAUUCAAUCCAAGGUCCAAGUUUUAGAAGAGAAAACUAAAGAGGCUGAGAGAACAGCUGAACUGGCUGAGGCUGAUGCUAGGGAAAAGGAUAAAGACUUGGUUGAGGCUCUGAAGAGAUUAAAAGAUUAUGAAUCAGGCAUAUAUGGUUUAGAAGAUGCUGUUGUUGAAAUAAAGAAUUGUAAAAACCAGAUUAAAAUAAGAGAUCGAGAAAUUGAAGUAUUAACCAAGGAAAUCAAUAAACUUGAGUUGAAAAUCAGUGAUUUCCUUGAUGAAAACGAAGCACUUCGAGAGCGUGCGGGCCUUGAACUGAAGACAAUGAUUGAUUUAACUGAAUUUAGAAAUAGUAAACGCUUAAAACAGCAGCAGUACAGAGCUGAAAAUCAGAUUCUUUUGAAAGAGAUUGAAACUUUGGAAGAAGAACGACUUGAUCUAAAAAGAAAAAUUCGUCAAAUGGCUCAAGAAAGAGGAAAAAGAAAUGCAACUUUAGGAUUACCCAUUGAAGACCUGAACCUAACUGAAAACUUUUCUCAAGGAGAUAGAGGGAGAGAACUGAAUUUUAUGAGCUUCAAAAGCAUGAGUGAAGCACAAUCAAAGAUUAAGAGUUCAGAUAAAAUAGAGCUGCUGCAUAGGAGAACACCAUUCAGUGCACUCCAGUCAGACCAGAAUGAGACAGAGGACAAUAUGACUGAACAAUCAUUAUCAAGAAUGUUAUCUGAAACUCAUCAUAGUGUAGAAAGUGGACUGGAUCCUUUUGUGUCUUUAACUAGGCAUUCUUCAACUAUGCAAGUAAAAGAUAACGAUUCAACUCCAGAAACCAUUACAAUAAGAGAGAUAUUUAAAGCACCAUGUCUACAAUCUUUAAGAAAUCUAGAAUCAUUAGUCAGUACUUUUAGUAGGGAGAAUAAUGAAGAUAUAAAUGACUACUUAUGCUCUCUUUCUGAUGACUGUAUGAAGAAAUUAUCAGGAAGCCAUCAAACAAUAGAAAAGACUAGUUCCAUACAAAAAAACAAUUCAUCUUUUCAAGCCUCACCAACAGCUUCAGACUUAAUGCAGAAGUUAUCACUUAGGCAAAAAUCUGCAGUAUUUUGUCAACAAAUUCAUGAUCAUAGUGCUGACAUGAAUAAAUUACAAGUAGCAGCAUCAGAAGAUGACCAGGGUCAAUCUCAAAUCAAGUGUGCUGAUCUUAGUUUGAAGGAAGAUAAAAGAAAAAGUGAAGUACCUUUACAGACCAAGAUUUCGAAAAGCAAGCUUGAAGUUAAUCUUUCAGAUCCUGUGCCUAUUACUGCACAAUUAAAAUUAUCUCAGAUAGAUCCAGUUGAAAAUCUUAUAGAACAGCUACGGAGAGAACUAGUAUUUCUUAGAUCUCAGGCCAUAGAAUCAAAGAAUGCAGAAGGAAUCUUUGAUGCAAGUCUACAUUUGAAAGCCCAAGUUGAUCAGCUUACUGGAAGGAAUGAAGAAUUAAGACAUGAGCUCAGGGAAUCUCGGAAGGAGGCUAUAAAUUGUUCUCAGCAAUUGGCAAAAGCAAAUUUAAAG